UCAUGCAGAUUUCCUAUAGACGGCUGCGCAACACAACACUACUUCCAUGUGUGUAUACUUAUAGGGAAGACGUCUAUCACAAGACGAUAAGUUCAUCAAGAUGGCCUUCAAAAUCAUUUAAGUCAUAUUUGGAAUCACAGAACCUGAGCAUUGAAAGCGGAACGUUGACCCUGAGCGUAUUUUACAGUGACCUAAACUAUGAGAAAAUCGAGGAGAAGUUUUCUUACGGGACCACAAACCUUCUUGCAGAUAUUGGUGGACAGUUAGGAUUAUGGAUUGGAAUAUCUGUUCUUACGGUUUGUGAGCUGUUGGAACUGAUAUUGAAGCUCGUAUCACUGGCAUAUGCCAAGUUCAAGAUUCGCAAUGAUGAUAAACGUGUUAAUAUGGAGUAGUUCAUGCAAUAAGGCUAGUUUCCACUCAGGAAAAUUCUCCUUUGGAUCGGACAGGAAUGAAAAGUU